GGCAGUCGUCAAAAUCAGAGCUAACAAAUCCAACUGCUUCACACUGCUCUCCACUCCACACCAUCACAUUGAUUCCAUCGACGCCCAAAUCCGCCAUGCAAGCCCUCCAAUCCACCUCCCUCCGCCCUUCCCCCCUCGAUUCCCUCCGCCGCAACAAUGCCAGAGCCCCACCUAAGAGGCGCCCCUUCGCAAUUUCCGCAUCCGCCGCGGCGCCCAAGCGCGAGACGGACCCCAAGAAGCGCGUCGUCAUCACCGGAAUGGGGCUCGUCUCCGUCUUCGGCAACGACGUCGACGCCUACUACGACAAGCUGUUGGCCGGCGAGAGCGGCAUCACUCUCAUCGACCGCUUCGACGCCUCCAAAUUCCCCACGCGCUUCGGCGGCCAGAUUAGGGGCUUCAAAGCCGAUGGAUACAUUGACGGCAAAAACGAUCGGAGAUUGGACGAUUGCUUGAGGUACUGCAUUGUUGCCGGGAAGAAGGCGCUCGAGAGCGCGGAUCUCGGCGGCGACAAGCUUGACAAGAUUGACAAGGUUCGAGCUGGUGUUUUAGUUGGGACAGGAAUGGGAGGUCUUAGUGUAUUUUCUGACGGUGUUCAGGCUCUAAUUGAGAAGGGUCACAGGAAGAUUACUCCUUUUUUCAUACCGUAUGCCAUAACGAACAUGGGAUCUGCAUUGCUAGCAAUUGAUCUUGGCUUGAUGGGGCCAAACUAUUCAAUUUCAACUGCUUGUGCUACUUCAAAUUAUUGCUUUUAUGCAGCUGCGAAUCACAUUCGUAGAGGUGAAGCAGAUUUGAUGGUAGUAGGUGGGACUGAAGCUGCCAUUAUACCAAUUGGACUGGGAGGUUUUGUUGCAUGCAGAGCUCUAUCUCAAAGAAACGAUGACCCAAAAACUGCUUCUAGGCCUUGGGACCAAGAUCGAGAUGGCUUUGUGAUGGGUGAAGGUGCUGGAGUCUUGGUUAUGGAAAGUCUGGAACAUGCAAUGAAACGAGAUGCACCAAUAAUUGCUGAGUAUUUGGGUGGUGCUGUAACUUGUGAUGCUUAUCACAUGACUGAUCCCAGGGCUGAUGGGCUUGGUGUCUCUUCAUGCAUCCUGGAUGCCCUUCAAGAUGCUGGUGUUUCUCCUGAGGAGGUUAACUAUAUAAACGCCCAUGCAACUUCCACCCUUGUUGGUGAUUUAGCAGAGAUAAAUGCUAUUAAGAAGGUAUUCAAGGAUACUUCAGAAAUUAAAAUCAACGCAACUAAGUCAAUGAUAGGGCACUGCCUAGGUGCUGCUGGUGGUUUGGAAGCCAUUGCAACAGUGAAAGCCAUCACAACAGGCUGGCUUCACCCUUCGAUAAAUCAAUUCAAUCCAGAGCCUUCCGUUGAGUUUGACACUGUUGCAAAUGAGAAGAAGCAACACGAAGUCAAUGUUGCGAUUUCAAAUUCAUUUGGAUUUGGCGGACACAACUCUGUUGUAGCAUUUUCUGCAUUCAAGCCCUGAGACUGUCUGAAAUCUACCAUACAUGUGGCUGAUUCGGUAAUCUAAAGGAGGGAUUUUUGCAUUCUUUGGUGUGAGUUUAGCUUUUAGCUCGAGUUCGAGGACUAUUGUAAUUUAUCUAUGUCUCUCUGCGGCUGUGUUGGAUGUUAAUUGUUUGAUGAAUGUAGAUACUUUUAUGCAUUAUGUCACAAAAAUAGUUCAAUUAAGAAUUUAGAAUUAAACACUCUAA